AUGGCACCGACGCCCAGGCAGCACGUGUCACCGGUUCAUCCCCUGCAGCGCACGCCAGGACCGUUGCUUUGUGCUCGGCCGCGGCACUUGGUUGCUGGUGGCGCGCCGGUGGCCAGCCAGCAGGAACAUGCUGCCUUUCAGUUCUUUACGCACACGGGCGUGUCGUCGCUGGCCAGCUGCACCGACAUUGACUUUUGGACCCGCCUCGUUCCGCAACUGGCCCACGCCGAUGCAGCCAUCUAUCACGCGUCGGUGGCCGUCGGCGCGCUGCUGAUGGGUGCCCACGAUGCCGUGGCGGGCCGGGCAUUCCGCGCACAACUCACAGCGUUUGCCAUUGAGCGGCAGAACCGGGCCAUCCAGAGCACGGUGCGCGGCCUGGACGCACACCGCCGACGGCCGGCGGAGGCCGACGUCAUGACAUUGGUUCUGCUCUUCUGCAUCGAGGCGCUCCAAGGCCGCGAGCACCAGGCCCUGACGCUGUGCCAACGCGGCAUCCUGGCCCUGGCCACGGCGCACACGAUGCACGCGAUGCCCGCCGGCUUGGCUGCCCUGCUCGACCGCAUCCGACUGCAGUGCCGCAUGUUCAACGCGGGCAGCGCCGUCGACGAGUCGCCGCGGCUCAAGCAGGCCAUGGCGCGGCUGCUGGCUGGCCCCCCACGGGCCCCGUUCGCCUCGCUCGACGCAGCACGCGACGAGCAGGCCGUCCUCAUUGCCGGCGUGCAGCACAUGGUUGCCGCUCGCUGGGGCGGCCUGAGCGACGGGUCGACGGAUGCUGGAAAGAGCGGAAAGAAUGGCGUCCAGAGUCCGGCCCUGGAUGCGGCUCUUCUUGGCUGGCGAGCCCGCUUUGACCGCUACUGGGCCUCGCCCCAUGCAUGUGCCCGCACACCAGAACCGGGCACGGAACGCGUGGCGUCGUUGCUUCGCCUGCGCUAUCUAAUCGCGCGCGUCUGGAUGGCCGACGGUCCCGACCGCAGCGAGAUGGCGUACGACGACCAUGUGGAGGUCUUUGCGGGCAUUGCGGCGGAAGCGGAGCGUUGUUUGGGCGUUUGCGGGCAGGCCGAUCCAGUUGAGCAAAUCCCCCCAAUGCACGCAAAGCCCACGCCGUUUACGUUUGAGAUGGGCCUCAUUCCGCCACUCUAUUGGGCGCUGCUCCGGUGCCGCCAGCCACUGCUGCGCCGACGCCUCCUCGCGCUCCUCCGACAGGCACCUGCCCAGGAAGGCCUCUGGAGCCGGGACAUUAUGGUCCAGGUGGCCAGGGCGGUCAUGGCCUAUGAGGAAGCUUCCCUGGGACUGGGGCCCGGCGUAUGGGACGAAGCGCGAGAUGCGCGAGAUGCGCUGCUGCAACGACUGCCGGCCGAGGAGGCGCGCAUCAAGGUUGUUCGCAUCGGCCUACGCACAACUCUCGCCAACGGACGACAAGGCGACGCGGUCGAGUGCUUCGGGAUGCCCUAUGGGAGAGAAGGCGGCCUUCAAGACGUGUUGGCGUUUUCUGUAUUUUGUGAUCCGGACCAGUGA